AUGAAGCAAUCACUCAAGCCAGCGACAGUUCAGGAUAUAGACAAUAACGACAAUCCUGUCCUACAUAGCAAGCGAUCAGCUACUAGAGUGACUAAGAAACAUAUCAGAAUGGCAUGGCCGCAGGGAACUAUUUUGGGCCAAUCAAGAUGUAUUGGCCCUAUCGAAGAAGCGCUGAAGACGCAUACUCUGAGUCGAGACAAUAUCUUCACGAUUUUCUCCAAAAGCCAGGAUCGGAGUCGCGAGCGCAAUGAGAUUCAAGGAUACCAGUAUAGGAAAGUAUUUUUCGUGGACGACUUCGAGACCUUUAACACCAAGGGCACUUAUGAACGCCUGCAAUAUGUCCGAAUGACCGUGGUUAUUCCAAAGCAAGAUGAAACCCACCCAGAGCCGGUCAUUUAUGUCGAACAACGCAUUUACGAAGCCGGAGAGGAGAAGGUUGUUGUACAUGAGUUAAACUUUGGUGGAAAAAUCCAGGUAGAUGUAGAAUAUGUUUUCCCUGCUUGCGGUGAUGAAGAUGUCAUCUUGGGAAAGCGUGACCUGAAAGUCAACGUCAAGUCUUUGGACCAAGAAAACUUUGAUUAUUUUCUUCGUCGGGGGGCAGAACACUACGGCUACGACCGCCAGGACAUUCUUUUUGUUGAUCAAUACAAAUUACGAAAUGGGCUGACAUUUUGGCAUGAUCAAAAUGGAGAGACAGUGGGGGGUAUAACUUUCAAUAAGGAGGACCUUCAAGACCUUCUGCAAGUUAAAAGGCAAAGACAGUUGUUGACGGGAGAGUCUGCAGCUAGUGAGAAUAUCGAAUUGCUUAAACUGUCAUUGCGAGGACAAGGUGAACAAACUGAGCUCGGAGGUCACCGCGGCGAUCUCCAACUUCGGGUUGUCUACACGACCUAG